UUCCUCCCACAGGGUCUGGGCGGGGUGGGCAGGAAGGUGUGGUGACUGUCCCUGUCAGCCACCCACCAGAGCAGCAGCUGAGCUAACAAGACAAACAGCUGGACCACCUUCCCCCAGGGUUUCAGAAUGGACCUGUGUCACGCAGAUCUAGCUGAGCUCAGUAGUGGGGAGGCCAAGGAGCUGCAGCAGAUCAAAUGGCACCGGAAGCAACUACUGGAGGACAUCCAGAAGCUGAAGGAUGAAAUUGCAGAUGUGUUUGCCCAAAUCGACUGCUUUGAGAGCACUGAGGAGAGCCGGAUGGCGCAGAAAGAGAAGGAGAUGUGUAUUGGGCGGAAGAAAUUCAAUAUGGACCCUGCCAAGGGUAUCCAGUAUCUCAUUGAACACAAGCUGCUGACCUCCAAUGUCCAGGACAUUGCCCAGUUCCUGUACAAGGGUGACGGCCUCAACAAGACAGCCAUUGGCACCUACUUGGGGGAAAAAGACCCCAUCAACUUGCAGGUCCUACAGGCCUUCGUGGACUGCCACGAGUUUGCCAACCUCAACCUUGUUCAGGCCCUCAGGCAGUUUCUGUGGAGCUUCCGGCUGCCUGGCGAGGCCCAAAAGAUUGACCGCAUGAUGGAAGCCUUCGCAGCUCGCUACUGCCUCUGUAACCCAGAUGUCUUCCGGUCUACAGACACCUGCUAUGUGCUGUCCUUCUCCGUCAUCAUGCUCAACACUGGCCUACACAACCCCAACGUCCGGGACAGACCACCCUUCGAGCGCUUUGUGUCCAUGAAUCGUGGCAUCAACAAUGGCAGUGACCUGCCCGAGGGACAGCUGAGGAACCUCUUUGACAGCAUCAAAAGUGAACCCUUCUCCAUCCCCGAGGAUGAUGGUGGUGACCUCACCCAUACUUUCUUCAAUCCUGACCGUGAAGGCUGGCUACUCAAGCUGGGGGGCCGUGUGAAGACGUGGAAGCGACGCUGGUUCAUCCUCACCGACAACUGCCUCUACUACUUUGAGUUCACCACUGACAAGGAGCCUCGGGGGAUCAUCCCUCUGGAGAACCUGUCCGUGCAGAAAGUGGAUGACCCCAAGAAGCCGUUCUGCCUGGAGCUAUACAACCCUGGAUGCCGGGGCCAGAAAAUAAAGGCGUGCAAGACUGAUGGGGAUGGCAAAGUGGUGGAAGGGAAACAUGAGUCUUACCGCAUCUCAGCUGCCAGUGCCGAGGAGCGCGACCAGUGGAUCGAGGCCAUCAGGGCCAGCAUCACCCGUGUCCCUUUCUAUGAUCUGUUGUCUGCUCGGAAAAAGAAGAUUGCCAGCAAGCAGUGAGCUUCUGGGACAUGGCUCUGGCAACCUUGUAAAACCUGUGGAACCUGGACACACACCUCUCAGCCACUGCACCUGUUCCUGCCACAAACUUACUCGUCCCCAUCACUGGAACUGGCUAUGAGGGAUGUGGUACCUUGGAGAGCAAAGAGCUCCAGUGCUGUGUGCCAGGAAGAACCCAUGAGGCUCCACGCCGAACUGCUGCAGUCGAGGGUGAGGGUGGGAAGACAAGCCAGCCCAGAGCCCACUUCCAGUGUGUCCCACCCUCUCCCUCCCCGGCAGGAGAACCAUGGAUUCCCUGGGAGUUUCAGUUCAAAGGCAUCCUGUCCCCUCAGAUUGGGCCUGGCCCUCCCUGCCAGCACCAGGUACCAGCAUACACCCAGCUCCAAGCCUGAAGCUUCAGACAUGCCCCUCCACUGAAUCACAACCCUUCUCUGAGUCUUACAAAAAUGCAGGGUAUGGAUAGGAAACAUCUUGGCCCAGCUGCCUUCAGUCAGCUUGGUGUUGGGAGGAGCUAGGACACCAGGUGACUGAACUAGACAAACUGUUCUGGGAGGUUCUGAGGACACUGCUGGCACCAUUCUCGGGGACUUUAACAUGAGAAGAGGCUCAGGGGAAGCCCUCAAGUAAGUGGCAGCAUCUGUGGCCGACAGAUCUGAGUUACAGCUGAGAGACACAAGAGGAGGAAAUGCUGCAAGCUAUGCCCACCAAGAGGGCUGCCUGGAGGCCACAGAAAGACAGCUGGUAGCAUAGGACUCAUGCUUGGACAGACUCUGGCCCAUAGUGCCACUACUAGAUGCCUCACCAGCAAAGCUAGGGUAGUGAGGGGCUGCAGAAUGGAUCGUUGUUUCUGCCUCCAGCCAGAACAAAGCCAGCUUCCCAUACACAACAGGCCCACCUGGAGGAAGCUUCUUCUUCCCCAGGCACCUCCUCUCCUGCCUGAGGUGCCCCCCACCACAGGGGAAAACUCAGCAGGGCAGCAGGGCAGCUUCUUAUGUCCUAGCCAGCCUGGACCCUGAGCGGGAGCAGCAGGUACCUCCCCCUCCUCAGGAGCCCGUAUGUACACACUUCCCACAGGGGCAGGAAGAGAAGUGUGGUAGGAGGGUAAGACUCCUAUCUCUGGACAGAUGAACACCUGGGGUCUGGGUACCAACAGAGCCCUUGCUGGAUUCCUGGGGAGUUGAACUGAGCCUGCCUCGGCUGCCCCCAUUUAGGGGUUAAAGGACCCUAAAGUGUCCCUUCUGCCUUUGGCAUGUGUGUGCACACACAGAGGCUGUGGGACUUUUGUCUCCAGCCCUUUCUGGUCCUCAGCUUUUUCCCCAGCACCAAGGUGGGGCAGGCGUCAGCUUAUUUCCUGUUCUGACACUUAGAAGCAAGACUAGAGCUCAUGAUCCAACUUGUGGACAGAAAGCUGUCCUGUAAUUGUGUCUGCCAUCCCUGACCUUCCCUGGCCCUCAUCUGUAAUCCAGGAAGUGUGAGCACUCAGUGGUCCCUGAACCUUAUCUUCGGGAUGCUGGAGGAGGUGCUGUGCUGGACAGAAGUUCCCCAGGAAUUGAGGUUUUCUCUGGGCUUCUUUGGGGCCAGAGUAGGGGCUAGGCUAAAUUGAUUCUGCUACAGCCAGGGAAAAACAGAAUUUUGCAGAAGGAAGGACUGUCUUCAGAUAGAACCACUGACCUGGAAGAUAGGUAGGGAUCCCCCGCCUCUGGAGGGAAGCAAGCCCACAGGGACCAGUGUGGCAGGAUUGUGUAACCUUUGCUGUCUUCCCACAGAUGUUUAUAAAGUGUCCCUGCUGUGCCAGGCCCUAUUGCAGGCACUGGCAGGCCAAGCCAUAAUCCCUGCCACCUGGGCUCAUGGUCCAGUGCUCCUGAGACCUAUGGCCACUUCCUGCCUCCUUCGCCCAGCCCCCUGCCAAUAAUUGCACCAUUAGGGUCUUUCUUGAAGAUCCUUGUGGCUGACCUAGCUCAGCUUGCCUAUACUUACCUUCUUUUGGCCCAUAUACUGAGUACUUACUGUAUGCCAAUAUCUCUGUAACAGAGCCAGGGGUCCAAAGAGCCCUGUGACCAUGGUCACAUCCUUGCCCUCAAAACAAGUUCAAGUCUUAGGGCUGGAGAGAUAGCUCAGCAGUUAAGAGCACAAGGUGCUCUUCCCAGAGGACCCAAGACUGGUUCCUAACACCCACUUCAGGUGGCUCACACCACACGUAACUCAGGGGACCCAACCUCUUCUUCUGACCUCUACAGGUACACAGUAAACACACACAUACACAAGACAUGCCUGCAUGUGCACAUGCACGCGCAUACAUAUCAAGUUUUUAAAAAUAGCAUGCUGAGUAUAGUGUUGCACACGUUUCAACUCAGCACCAGGGAGACAGAGACAAGUGGAUUUCUGUGAGCUCAAGACCAACCUGUUCUACAUAACAAGUUUCAGUCCAUCCAGAACUACAUAGUGAGAAUAUGUUACACACACACACACACACACACACACACACACACACACAUACAUACACACACACACACACACACACACACACACACAUCCCACCUCCCCUUUGCCGGGUGGUGGUGGCAUGCACCUUUAAUUCCAGCACUUGGGAGGCUCUGUGGAGACAGCCUGGUGUACACAGCUAGUUCCAGGACAGGCUCCAAAGCUACACAGAGAAACCCUGUCUCAAUAACAGAAAAUAAACAAAC